AAUUAGAGCCCAUGUGCGAUAGUUUCAGUUUUUGUACGAGUUGUCAGUCGACUGCAGUGGUCGGAUCAUUCGAGUAAUUCACUCCACGUGUAAGAUCGAUCGAUAGAAAAACAACGUCAACGAACGCAUAAUUUCAUCAUUAAAUUACUCGAGCUAGUUAUUGAUAAAUAGCUCGCUUUUUUCGAAAUAUACUUUAAAUCAUAUAAAGAGGAAGAUGGAUUCGUCGACCACAACAAAAACAGACAGCACGAGCGCACCGAAAUCCAUGGUUUACAUUUGCGGAGAGUGCCAUCAUGACAAUGAUAUCAAACCCAAAGAUCCAAUUCGUUGUCGCGAGUGCGGUUACAGAAUCAUGUACAAGAAACGCACCAAGCGUCUCGUUGUGUUCGACGCACGCUAAUUUUAGACUGCGCAAAAUCAAUCAUAGAACUAAGAAAUGUAUUAUUUUAAAUUCUUAACGCUUAAUGUAACUCACAUAGAUCAAUAAAUUUUCUUUUUUAUCUAUCUCACAAA